AGUGGACCUUCCGUGAGGUUAAAAACAUUUUAGCCACGCAGUGAAGCGUUCAACAUGCAGAUAAAUCUAUUUUUUCUCGGUGGUAUUAUUUUUGCAGUAUUGCUGGCAGUAUAUGGAGAUCAAGGUCAGUGUUUUAAAGUAUCGGUGAGUCGGGGUUAGGCAUGAAAUAUCUGGAGCCCAUACAGAACUAACUUUCCCAAGCGCUAAUGAUUCAUACUCGCUUUUUCCGCAUCAAUAAGGUUCCAGCACACAUCAAGAGAUGAUACUUGAUGUCCUGUUAUCAUCUUUUGCGGCGCGCAUCUUAUUAUUACUGAACCGAUCAGUCACGGUUCAAAAGCAAUCAUACUUUCAGGAAGUGAAAAUUCCGAACUCCUUGUUAAAAAUACCCGAAGCAAACGGUGCCAUAUGAAAUAUUGCCUUAAAAGAUGAUAAUUUAAAGUUGCUUUUUUUCUUUGAAACACAGCGCGUAGAGCUCGAAAAUUAAAACCGAAUUCGGUCUUUAGCACAAGAAACAGAAGGCAACCGCAGGAACCGCUGUUCAACAAUGAUUGAUAACAUGAUCAUUCGAAUUGCUAUAUGGUUUUCAUACACCUACACAGAUAUGAAAACCAUUGAGUACACUGAGAGCAAUAAAAAUAAAACCACCCUGAGAGUAACAGUAGCCCUGAGCACACUGCAAUGCAGCCUCUCACCAGAAUUAAUAUUAAACUCAUCCUGUUCUCACCACACUUACAGAACUUUGGAGUCGUGUCAUCUAGAAUUAGGGACUAAAAAGAAAGUUCCUAACUGCAUGAGUCGAAUUAAAUUCUGGUGCAUUUUUAGAGGUAUUUCCUUCGUUCACGAUAGAUUAAAAGAAUCUUUUUUUCUUUCUCGCCCCGCUAAAAACACCUGCCGGAGUUGUUGUAUCCUGUUCGUUAGCAAGCUGUUCCUUCGAAGAAGAAAAAUCUAUAGUUUGUUAGAAUACUUGGUUAAGAAUGCCAGCGUUCAUGUUACAGACGAAAACAUUGUGUCCUUGCACAUGUCUCGGUUUUCUGCUACCGCCCAGUAAAGAUACAGGCGAGUUUUUGCCGCUUAAAAGCUGUAACGUUGCCAAAGGUAUAUAACUUAAAGAUAACAUGAGCAAAUGAAGUUAAGUUAUGGUUGAAUAAUAAGCCACGAUGCGGAAAAAAAGUGGGAAAGGUUUAUUUUACGGAAUAGUAUCAUACCGCGACACUAACUUACAGCAAAAGGAAGGACGGAAAACCAAGAUAGUCAGGUAAUUACGGGAAGGUGCGAGGGUUAGGAGGGUGGGGCCAAAAUACGACCUUCAAGGGUGUCUUGGAUCAUGUGAACUAUGAUAAAAAAAACAAUGACAAUAGUGACUUGAAUUUUCUAAGGGUCACCUUAUGGUGCAUAAUUAUUAUCAAGCUUGCUGCACUGAAAUUUCUCGUGAUGUGAUAAGAGGUUCAGUUUAUAAGUGUGCAUGAAUCGGCACAGUAAAUAGUCUAUAAGGUCAUUCGAUGACCAAAUGUAUUGUCAAAACGGAAGCAAAAUGCCUUCUACAUUUCUGAUCUGUUGCAUGAUUGAGUUAGGAGCGAGCCAGCAUUGCUCAGUGGCAGGUGUUUCAAGGGAUAAUUUUCUAUCAUUCUCUAGAAAUGAACAGAUCUGACGAAUGGAAACUGAUGCAAAAGCUUUUCUCAAACUACAGCAAGGAUCUGCGGCCUUCAACACCAGUAAAGAUUUCUCUUGACAUAGCCUUUGUUAAUCUUGACAGUGUGGUGAGUGAAUAUUAUCCACAAUUCAACAUAAUCCUUCAGAUCCAAAAAUCAAGUAUAUUGAUCACUACAUUCCCGCUCACUCAGAAUAAACACCUUCGAGAAAUGUCUGUGUUAUAUCUUUUUAAAGAAGAAAUUUGUGCUUUGAAGAUUUGUGGGAGCCGCAUGCUAAACCAUGCUAAGUCGCCGUAUUUCAUGUUUCCAUGAACUACAUUUUUGUUUCCUUUUUUCAAUGAAAGAAUUCGCGGUUAUUUUUCAUAAACAAUAUGAUGAUACAGUGCUCAGUGGGACUUCCGCAGUGAACAAACACCACUGUUGGGCGAAAUACAUUCGCCCUCAAGUGGAAUUGUGAAAGACUUGUGGUGAGUAUAGGAGUGAAGCACGAAAGAUCAGGGCAAAACGCGUAAAUGUAAAAGAAUGCAGGGACCAUCAGCGACUUUAGGAAAGUGUGUCAGAAGAGGAUGAGUGCAUCAUAUCUCUUGCUACCUGAAUUCGAGGUCCUUACUGUAAGUUACGAUGCUCGUUUUUUUCAAGCAGGGGUGGGGAGACGACCAUCCACCUCUCCCCCUCUCCCCCUCCCAUGAGUUUGCACGCAGGUUAUUAGAUGGCGCUUAAAGGUACAGCAUAGACCUAGAACUAGGUUAGUAAUAUUUGUUAUAUCUUUGAGGUUAAUCGGAUGUUCCGGAUAUGAAACUUUAAAAUUUAGUGGGCCUUAGAAUACGGCCUGUAGAACUGUUCAAUCACAACUUGCGUAUAUACUAAGAGAGGUAAUAUAAAUGUUGUAUUUUUUGAAUACAGGAUCCAAAGAAGGAAAAAAUCGGUUUAAACGUCUGGUUUCGAAUGGUAAGUAAGGUAAAGUAAGGUAUUGAGUUUUAAUAAAUGAUCAUAGAAGUUCAAAUAAAUCGUCAAAACGUCAGUGGUGUGUACCCCUCAAAGGAUCUUAGCUGGGCAGUGCGCGCACAUUACUGUGAACUUGUCAUCAAAAGAUGUGUGCCUUGAGGCAGAGCUGACGAGAUGUGAAUUGCUUUUGUUGAUGUAGUAGCUAUCCCUCACUCCCCCAGGGCUUGAGCUGCUAAGGGCUUGCUCUCAUCGGAUCAUUUUCGCUCUAGGGGAAAGAAGAAAAAUAAUUUUUUUUUAAUAAUUUAUUCUUAAACAUCAUUUAACAUACACCGAAUGCAAAUAUGGCGGAUCUCUUGGCCUGCCCGGGUCUAGUUGCGCGAAAGCGAGGCUAGUGUGGCCUCUAUAGUUUUGUUUUGACUGCGCGUCUUAGCGAUUCAGUCGAUCAAUAUGGUUUCCUUCGAGUUGUUACGUGCUUAAGAGCCAUCAAAUAGGAGAUUUAACUCCAGCAGAGACGAAAGUUGGUUAUCUUCGCUUUGCCAAAGUUCUUUACGAAGAAAGAAAUGGAUUCAAGCGAUUCGGCGCGACGAAUGAAGGCACUCUACUAUCACGGAGUUAUUUUUUAAAAGAACGGAAGUGUGCUCGCUUCACUUCAGAAGAGAAGACUCACGAAACUAUUAGAAUGGGUGAAUAACUGAAAGAUUAAUGGUUCUGUUUCAAGUUUGCUUUGUCCGUUCUCUUACCAAGGAAAGGUAAAUAUUCUCGAGAACGAGUGAAUCCGCCGUCGCGACUUACCAAUCUUUAGGCGCUCUCAGGGACACAACGACAAACAACAAGGGCGAAUGUUUUUUCACAGUCUUCACCAUCCUGUGUUCAAGAGUUUGAGCAGUGCCAUAAAAGAAGCAAUUUUUGGAAAAUCGCUGUUAGUUUAUCUCGAAACCAUUCGACAAGUUGCUAAAAUAGAUCACGCGCAAGGUCAAAUACAAUGCUUGAAUACUUGCACGCUCUUUUUCUUCCAGAACCUUUUUUCUUCUUCUUACUUUCUUAGUUGGCAACGGUUCCUCCGUUAGUUUUUUCAGUGCAUUUUGGUCAAGGACUGUUCUUGAAAUAUAUCGCUUUCUUCUGGUUCUUACAUAGUUUCACAGGCCACGCUUGUAGGAUUAACAGGCGAUUGUUAUUGUUGUUGUUAUAUUUUAAUGCAGCUGUUUUCAGCGUGAAAUCUAAAAGAUUUUACGGUCCACCGCGGAUGCUCCCGUUCUCGAGAAUGUUUACCUUUUGUUGGAUAAAUAACAGACCAUGCAAACAUCUUGGAACAGCACCAUCUCUUGUGAAAAUUAUUUCAUUCAAAUACUUUCGUGAGUCUUCUCAUCUAAAGCAAGUGAGCGAGCACAGUUUCGCUGUAAAGUGCUCCCCAUCGCCGCGCCGAAUCGCAUGAAUCCUUAAGUUUCUUUGUGAAAAGAUCUUGGGAAAGUAAAGGCUAUUCCAGCUAGAGUAAAUCUUCUUUUUGGUGGCCCUCAGGCAUGCAACAACUCGAUGCAAACCAUAUCGAUCGGCUCAAUCGCUAAGACGUGCAGUCAAAACAAAACUCUCGAGGCCUAACUAGCCUCGCUCUCGCGCAACUAGACCCGGGCCGGCCGAAAGGUCCGCCAUAUUUGCAUUCGGUGUAUAACAUUACUAUAAACUUUACAAUUAGGAGUAAUUGGAGCUUAGGAGAGUGAGUUCGAUAUGUUUGCUAGGCGUACAGGUAGCAAUUGAGGGGUAAGGGUGGAUGGUUCUUGCGAUAGAUAACUAUGAUUAUACAGGGCAGCAAAUAAAAAGGAGGCAAAACAGUAAAAGAAACAAACAAACAAACAGACGAGCAAAAAAAGCAAAAUACGAAAGUUCAACAGAUUAACAACAACUAGCAGAACAAAUAGCAUUUUCGCGUUAGGGGAAAGAAUACAAAAUAAGAAAUAAACUGGAAAAUAGUUUGCUCUUUCUUUUUAAACUAAAACUAACUUAGACUGCUUGCCGUCCACCUUUUAACUUAUAAUCUUUCAAGUUUUCCCCGUGUAAUCCUAGCCUGCACUGCACGUUCGUAAAACAAUAAAAAAGGGAGAAAUACUUACGUCCCUGUUUCUUGCGGCUCGGGGAUUUGCAGCUGGCCCGCGCGCUCGCCGCUCGUGUGUAUUUGUUACCAGGGCUCACCCAGCAAUGUUGAAAAGAAAAAUAAGAGAUUGCUCGCAGUCUAAGACCAACUAGCGUCAUGAUUACUUUGCAAUUAGGUCUGGAUAGACGACAGACUGCGAUGGAACUUGUCCCAGUACAGCGUAACGUCAUUGACAGUGAAGUUUAGGAAUAUAUGGACUCCAGAUAUGGUACUAUAUUCCGCGUAAGUGCAUUUAAUUUGUAGCCUUUCAAACGUUUUAUUGGCCUGUUCCAGGCGUUCAGAUAAUGGGAAUGACGCAAAGAGAAGUACGCAGGAAAAACGUAAAGGGCGAGGGGGUCUAAACGCCCGGAACCGAGGCUAAUGUUUUACCUUCUUAACAAAGAGGUGGGACGUAAACCAGGCCAGGAGUUUUCAAGAGGUACCCACACUGAGUUUUUCUGAUCAACACUACCCUGUCUCCCAAGUCUUUUUCACGUGGGUGACUUGAUUGUUUUUUUUAUCAGUGUGGUCAGUAAAUCUUCUACCUUGGUCUUAGGACCAUGUACUUCAGGUAGUAGUUGAGACUUUACAGUCAGGGGUAAAUACGGGUGGAAACACCUUCCGUUGUUUGAAGAAAAUUAAAGGUGCAUUCGGCAGUUCCAGCGUUUUCUCAGCUAUCCUUAGCUUCCUUUCCUUUGCUUUUUUCUGUUAGAUAGAUAGAUAGAUAGAUAGAUAGUUAGAUAGAUAGAUAGAUAGACAGAUAGAUAGAUAGGUAGGUAGAUAAAUAGAUAGAUAGAUAGAUAGAUAGAUAGAUAGAUAGAUAGAUAGAUAGAUAGAUAGAUAGAUAGAUAGAUAGAUAGAUAGAUAAUGAAUUUGUUUUGAAUUAUCUUCGACAUUUUCCAGGUACGCCGGUGCGUAUUGGCGUACAGGUAGCCGCGCCCGUGCCUAAACCCAUUUCAGGCCAUUUUCAAUGUAGUGACUUGCUCCGAGCUGCAAAACAACAAACUAAUUAAUGGUGCCAGGGUUCCUGGUGGUGCAGGAUCUCUUAUAAAUCGGAAUCAGUUUUAAGUUGAAAUAAAAGUCAAGUCGACGACAAACUGAUUCCAAAUGUAAAGGGUCUUCUUGCAAACUGCCGAAAUAUCGGGCAAAUAUACCAUACUGUACCGUACCAUAUCAUACCACCCCACACUGUACAAAAUCAUAUUAUACAGCAUUAUGCGUUGUGUCAUUGGCACGAUACUCACAGCUUAAAAGGCUUUGGCGAUCCAUCUGUUUUAAGUGAGUAAAAUCCCUGGAAAAAGUCAAGGAGAACCUGUUUACUAGUAAGAUAUAAAGGAAAAAACUUUGAAACUGCCUUUGAACAAUUGAGUUUUAGUAUCACUUUUCCUUAAUGUUCAUUAUAUAAAACAAAUAGAUUGCACUCGCAAACGGCUCUUUUGCCACUUCUUGAUAACACAGCGUACAAUUUUUUAUUUUUAGAGUGGGUACUUUAAGAGACUUUGGAGUUUCUUCUCCAGAUGAUUUAGAGUUGGGCGUCGUUGUCGACAACAAUGGGAGUAUCUUCUUCUCUCAACCCGUCCGCAUCGACAGCGCAUGCGCAAUGAAUAUCGCUGACUUUCCUUUCGAUGACCAGGAAUGCAAAAUAACCUUUGGCUCUUGGACUAUGGACAAUACUUUGAUGCAACUUGAUCUGAAUGAAGGCGACGGCAUCGACUUGUCACCAUUAACCAAAAACAACAUGUGGAAUGUUCUUCACAUCUAUGGAGAGGUUUUAGAUCAGAGUCAUUCUUGGCAAGAUAAUCCUUUUUCCACUGCAGUCUACAGCAUCAAAGUGCGGCGGAAAUCGCUGUUCUAUGUUGUGAACUAUAUUUUGCCGCCGGUCGCCAUCACUUUACUGUCCUUGCUUCUUUUUCUUAUUCCUCCGGAAGUAGGAAAGCGAAUGGGUAGGUUGGCCUACAGCAGGGAGCUUAAGCCACAAUGACGGCGACAGGCUACGAGAACGUCACGUAUUUAGUGAAUUCGCGUCGUCUCAAAUUUUAUCGCCCUUACUCCAUCUUGUUUAAUUCAUCAAAUGUUGGCAAUUUUUUUUUGUGGUUGAAUUCUUAAAGACUGUAUCACCCCCAGUGCAUGAAAAGAAAAAGAAAGUUGUUCUCUUGUGUUCACAUCCUCGACAAAACGUGAAAUUAGGCACUUCCACGUUGUAGUCGUACAGCGACGGCAAAGAAAUGUACAAAAAAUAGAAUGAUGCACUUGCAAAGUUGUUUUGCCAAUCUAAACCUAUUGCUUUUUCCCCGGCCUUGUUGCCGUCGCCGUCGUUGCUUCAGUUCCCUAAUAGGGAGCUUAAGCAGCGACGUUUUUGAGCGACGCACGUCAACCGGAAGUGAGGUAUUUUCCCUCUUAACAUGCCUUGAUGAUAUGAAAUUUGUAUUCCUUAGCUUCUUUACUGUUAUAGAGGUGAUUUGACUGAAAAUUUGCGCGAAACCACCGUCAAAAAAUGAAAAAAGGCCACUUCCGGUUGACGUGCGUCGCUCAAAAACGUUGCUGCUUAAGCUCCCUAAUCUUGGCCGUCAACUACCUGUUAUUGUAGUAUGGUAGGUAGAUUUUAUAAAAGUCCUUUAUUUUUUUCCUGCAUGGUUAUGCCAUUUUUAAGGACUUUUUAUUUCUGUUUGGCGCGAAAUUCACAAGUCGAAAAUUCCACCGUGGAAUCAAAACAAUUGACCAAUCUGAGAGCGAUUCACUCACGUGGCCAGCAUCUUUGCAAAUUUAUGGGAACGAAAGAAAUUUUUUACAUAAGAAAAGAGAUCAACUCCCACAGAAUUUGUUUGGAACACCAUCAUGGCCGCCGUUUCAUUGCUUUGGAACACCAAUAUGGCCGCCGUGAAGUCAUGUGAAUACGCUUUAUGGGAGAGUGAGUGAUAUUUAAUCGAAACGGCAUAUGUCAAAUAUUUUUCCCCCUCGUGAAGUUAUGCUAUGCUAUAAAUCCAUUUAGGCGAAACAAGUCGUCCGCUCGACUUCGUCGCUCACUUGGUCGCUGCGCGACCUCAUUGAAGCUUGCUUCGCUCGCUUUUAAGAACUUACGAGGGUUCGACUAGUAGCAAGUUUGAUUAUAUAAGCCUGCAAGCAGGGAAAAUCAUCAGAUAUCAUACGGUCGAAUCAAAGGCAUCCCAAACUCACUUUGUAAGCACUUAGGCAUCUAGUAUAAAAUGGGCAACGUCUCAACGAUUUAUAGAGUUCUUUUGGGGAAGUUGAGCCUUAUCCCCGCAUGUUGUGGAGAAACGAAAUAUCUAUUAAAAUGUAGAGAAGAUCAUCACAGUUAAAGACGCACCUCGUGCAGUUGCGGAAAGAGAGCCUGAAAAGAUUCAGGCUUGCCUGGAUUUGAUCCCUGACCAGCUCUGCGAUACCGGUGCAGGACUCUAACAAAUUGAGCUAGGAAGCCAAUUGGGAGCUGGUCAUUGAAUUAGUUGGAAAUAUGCCCGGGAAAGAUGACGAUGAAAUGAUGAACAUAUAAUUUCCAUAUAUUUGAACUUCGGGAUAAAGAAAUAUUAUUAACUUACUUUUAGUGCAUUUUGAUGGAAGACUGAGUUUAUUUGGUCGACAAGACGCAAUCCCUCUUACUAGCAAACGGUGCAAAUACGCUGUAGUGUUUACUUUUUGUUUUGUUUUGUUUUUUUCCCCAGAGGCUGGCAUUAACUUACUUCUCUGCCUUUCUGUUUAUCUGCUGCUCGUGAAUUCUAAAAUGCCAAGCACCUCAACAGCUUUUCCUCUUUUGACAAAGUUCUACGCCUGCGCGAUAAUCAUUCUUGUACUGGCCAUGUGCUGCACUUGUCUGGUGUACGCACUGUACUUUAUGAACUCAUCAGGACUGGAAAUACAUGACGCGGCCAUGGCAAUAAGGCUUAAGGUAGGCACAGGGAGACCACACAAAGUGUGUAGCCGUUCGUAUGUUUGAAUUAAAAGAGAUUGUAUGGGAAUUUCGUAAAAUGUUGCUCAUAGGCUCCUAUAAGCCCUCCCAGUUAUAGGCCCAUAAACAAAAAAUAUAGCCAAUUAUAAGCCUCCCGGAUUUUAGCUCCCUUUUUGCUUUUUCUUUCUUGAAUUCGACUUAUUAUGACGUUUCCAAGCGUAAUCAAACACAAAAUGCAUAACGUAUUUUGAUCAGCGCUGCUUCAGCUGGUUUCGAAGCGCAUUUUCUAUUCCGCAAGAAGCCUCCUCGUAUGUAAGUUCCUCCGGUCAUAAGACGUAAUAAAACCCCUUACGAAGAUUUACAAGCCCAUGGCUUAUAAACAGCUGUUUACGGUAUCGCUGGGCAGGGUAUACGUCCACCCUGGUAAACAGAUCAUCAUCCGUAAGGAUCAGAGGCUAUCUUCAUCAACUCUCAUAGCGGAAAAUAUACGUGAAUUAAAGUGAGCAAGUUUCCUUAAGGUAGCAAAGAUCAACUACUUAAAAUGUCUUUUGAUUUUGUGUUUGCAGAAUUUUAUUCUUCGCUGGUUAAAGCCGCUGCUCUGUUGUACUCCUUGUAGACGGUCAAGCCCGAAUCUACGAAAAACUCCAUCAAAAGUUAAUCCCACGGAAACAGGUACAUACUAUCAUUAGUGAAUCAUAAAUAACUAGUCUACUUUCAGCAGCAGCCAAUAUUGCUUUGUAGGAAUACAUUCUAAACUCCUUUAAUUUUGGUCUAUUCAUUAAUGACCCUGGCUAUCAAGGGUAGCCUCCCAAUGAAGCUUUUAUCGUUCCCGAAGGACAAAAAUCACGAAAAAUCAAAUUGAAAAGUAACAUGAGAUACGUGGCUUGCAUGCGUCACUUUCACGGUCAUGAUUUGGAAUUUCUAAUUAUUAAGUCUGUUAGACUGUGUGGAAGACUUUGAAUCUGAUAACAUGACUACUACGCUGGGAAGUUGGUUUUGUAUGCCACCAACAUGAGAGAACCAGGCAAAACAGAAUCGCAGCCAUGUAGAGCUUCUUUCUAGCCCCAGUCGUGGGCGCUUUCUUUCUUUUCUCUGUCCAGUCCCAUGUGGCAUAAAAAGGCCUGUGUGGGCGAGAGAGCGUCCGAGACACAAGGACGUCGUAUCUCAAGGCGCUUUUCAUUUGUCAGAACUGACCGGCCAGAUCAUUCCCGUUGUAAUGAGAAUUUCACUUUUAAUCAAAACUAUCCAGCCAGAUUAGUCAAAUCCUACAUAGUAUGCGUGAAGGACAUGGUUUUUCUCCAAAAACUCUUAGUAAAAGCUUAUUUCGUUAUCAAAAUGACUGGUCCGGCCAUAGGCCAUUUCUGACCUUUGGAAAGCGCCCAUAGAUUAGAGCUCAUCAGCAUGGUAAAGCCGUCGUAUUCAGAGGUAGUUGGCUGCUGAUCAGGCUCGUACAAAGCACUCCUUUAAGCGCCAGCCAAACAACACAUGUGGAAGCUGUUAGCUGGGAACCGCACGACAGUUCUCCCACGGCAUGCGCGGGGAAGGCGAAUCAGCACUUCUGCCGAUCUGUGUGUCAAGUGCAGUGUGUUGGGCUGGAACGCUCGUGUAAAAGUAUCAUAAGCCUGUCAUAGGAAUACGAGUUGCUCCCGGUGCAAAAGGUUAUAAUCCUAUUAUUAAGAUGGCUGGCAUGGGAUGGGAACCGACCAGUGAGGUUUCUCCCUGGUCAGGAAAAGCUUACGAAAUUAUAAUUUAAGGGUCCAUUAUGUGCUCUUUCUCAAAGGCUUCCAUCUAAAUGAAAUUGAAGAUCAGGAACAAGAAAAAGUAACCGAAAGAAAACAAGAAGAAGACGAACGAGGUGCCACUUCAGGUAGAGAUCCAGCUGUCACUAUAACCAGCAAUUCCUCGAGUAAUAUCCUCCCUCAGACAUCUGGAGCAAGCGCUAAAGACGUGGAAGGGAACCUCACAUUGGCUGAAAAGAGGUCGGUUCUAGAAUAUGGCAGUAGCAUAUCCAGCAUUGACAUGAAUGACGAGGACAAUAACAUUUUGACCACUGUCUAUUUUUCUCUCCCGGAUGAUCAUGAAAAUAACGCUAAUGUGAAUGGAGACGAAGAACCCAGAAAAGUGGCUUUUGCUCCUCAGAAGGAGGGAAAGAUAAAUUUAAAGCGACGAUUGAAUUCUAGAAAAUGCAGCAACACAGAGCAUGCGCAAGACCAGACGGAUGAAACCUUGGUGUGUUCUGCCGGAUCGUCAUGGUUUUCUUACUCGCCUUGCGAGGACUUGCAGGAAACUGGGUUCGGACAAAGCGCUAACAAAAUACGCAACGACAUUUCAGGUUGCUUAGUUGAGGAAAUAAAACCGUCCAAGGGGCUGGUCGUUUCCUCGAAUGAAAAGGAAUCAAAUACAGGUAUUAAAUGUUUUUGCCCAGACCCUGUUAGUCUGUGAGUCCUUUCAUCAAUCAAUCGACCCAUCUAUCCAUCGAGCCAGUCAGCCAACGAUCCAUCGAUCCAUCCAUCCAUGCAUCCAUCCAUCGACCCACUUACCCAACUAUCCAAUUAUCCAUCCAAAAUCCAUCCACCCAUUCACCCAACUAUCCACCCAUUCAUUUCCAUCUAUCCAUUCAUCGGUCCAUCAAUCUAUCCAUGGAUCGAUCCAUCCAUCGAUACAUUCAGCCAUCCAGCCAGCCAGCCACCCAUCCAUCCAUCCACCCACCCAACCAGCCAACUAGCCAUCCAUCCAUUCAUCCACCCAACAAUCCAUCCAUCCAUCUAUUCGUCCACCCAACCAUCCAUCCAUCCAUUUAUCGGUGCAUCAAUCUAUCCAUGGAUGUAUUCGUCCACCCACUCAUCUAUCCAUCCAUCCAUCCAUCCAUCCAUCCAUUCACCCAUCCGACCAUCCAUCCAUUCAUCCAUCCAUCCAUCGGUCCAUCAAUCUAUCAAAAAUAAUAAAAAGUAAUAAUAAUAAAAGUAUUUAUUCAAGGUUUUAAACAACUUAUAAUUCCAUUAUAAAUGAAGACACAACUGUCUAAGUUUUAAUUACAAUCUACUUAGAAUCAAAGAGACGUCUAUUUACAAAGCAUUUCUUAAACCUCUCUGUAUUAACACAUGGGAUCUGGUAAGGAUGUGACCUACCAAGUAGAGCCCUGUUCUUAAGUGGGGGGAGAAGAUCCUGCAGGGGAUACGAGGAAGUACCCAUAAUACUUUUCCAGAGCCUCACAUCCCUGCCUUUAAUAACCUAUUGAAUUGAUGUUUCAUGUUGAAUAUACCCAAAUCGAAAGGCCCUUAUCAAUAGCCUUUAAAUUUGACUAAGGUAUUUGGUACAAGCAGCAACACCCCAAUCUAUCGAUACAUCCAUCCAUUUAUUCAGUCGUCCUUCCAUCCAUCCAUCCACCCACCCACCCACGCAACCGACCAUCCACCCACCCAUCCAUCCAUCCAUUCGUCCAUCCAUCCAUCUAUCCAUCCAUCCAUCCAUCCAUCCAUCCAUCCAUCCAUCCAUCCAGCCAUCCAACCACCCAUCCAUCCAUCUAUCCAUCCAUUCAUCCACCCAUCCAUCCAUCCAUCCAUCCAUCCAGCCAUCCAACCACCCAUCCAUUCAUCUAUCCAUCCGUCCAUCCAUCCAUCCAUCCAUCCAUCCAUCCAUCCAUCCAUCCAUCCAACCACCCAUCCAUUCAUCUACCCAUCCAUUCAUCCAUCCAUCCAUCCAUCCAUCCAUCCAUCCAUCCAUCCAUCCAUCCAUCCAUCCAUCCAUCCAUCCAUCCAUCCAUCCAUCCAGCCAUCCAACCACCCAUCCAUUCAUCUACCCAUCCAUUCAUCUACCCAUCCAUUCAUCCAUCCAUCCAUCCAUCCAUCCAUCCAUCCAGCCAUCCAACCACCCAUCCAUUCAUCCACCCAUCCAUCCAGCCAGGUAGGAAGCCAUCCAGCCAUGCAUCCACCAGUUUGCCAUCCUUCUACACGUCGUUUAUUCCUCCCACCUCCCCUGCCCAUCCAUUCUUCGUUCGUCCAGUCCUCCAUUUAUCCGUUCCUUUAUUUAUUCAUUUAUUAAAAUCCCUUGUUUUUGUCAAUUUCGUUGUUUUGCAGAUGGCCGUGCCUUGGGCCUUCUUGACCACCUGGCACUUUCUGUUGAGGCUGAAAAGACCAAGAAUGCAAACACUCAGCAGUGGCAAAAGGCUGCCAUGGUGUUAGAUAGAAUGUUUAUUAUUGUGCUUUUCACCAGUAUCACGGUAUCAUUCAUUGCCUCGUUAUUGCUCGCGCCUCGAGUCAGACACGUCUUUAUCCUCUCUUAAAUCGAAGUUAUUAUAUGGCCGCGAGGAGAUACGAAAUGUCUCUUCUCGUGUUGAAAUAUUUUAUAACACGAAAAGAGAGAUUCUUUAUCUCCAAGCGGCCAUCUAAUGUUCUAUUUACUAAAUCAACACCAAUGUAAUAACAAACCAUUUCACUAUACAUUAUUUCUUUGCUGCAGAAGGAGCGAUUUAUUAUGUAACGUAACAACAUACGGAGAUUUUUGCACUUUUGAAGAUGUGAGUUAAGGUACCAUGUCGUCACGAAAAAGCUCACUUGGAAUUUCACUGGUGUUUAUAUAAUAAAAUAUUAUGAUUUUUCUUUGGCACCAGUCAAAACUGCUUAAUUUCCCCCUUUACUUAAAACUCCAUUUAAAGUUUUAUUGACAUUAUUGGAUUCCUGGCGAAAAAAAAUGACUGUACUAAAACAAUGUGCAUGUAUAAAGUUUGUUCACAAAUGAUGAUGAAAGGGUCAAGUCCCACAAAAAUAUGUAUAAGGACAAUUUUGUUGAAUUUCCUGACAAAAUUAAGAACUAAUAAUGAUUUCAGUAGACUAAUCGUUAGGCUGGACUCGUUCCGAGUAUCGGAACUGACCUACUAUUCAAUCUUGUGUUAAUAUAGCUGCUAGCGCUCUAACACAACAACAACAACAACAAGUUUAUUCAGUAUUACCAUUUUGUACAGGUGUUACCGAUUAAAAUAUCAAUAAACAGC